AUGGCACCCCGCGGGUCGCUGCUGCUGCUGGCGCUGCUGUUGCUGAGCUGCGCCCUGCCCCGCGCCCGCGGCCAGCACUGGUCCCACGGGUGGUACCCGGGGGGCAAGCGGGACCUGCGGACCCCCAGCGGCCUCCAGGUCCCGUCCCCUCUGGGGCGCUGCCGUCCCCUCCCGUGUCCCCCCCGGCGGGAGGAGCCGCUGCCGCCCCCCGCUCUGCGCCCCUGACCGGAGGCACCGAACCCCGCGGGAGCGACCCGGGACCCCCCGAGGGGAAUAAAGGGGCUGGG